AUGGAUGAAGCUGUAGUAUCUGCGGUCAUCACCGAUGCUGUUACCAGAGUGAUCUCCUUCAUCGCCGAGCAGCUCAAAAACCGACGAAGCGUAAGCGACAAACUACAAAAAGUACGUCACCUGCUCGUCAGGAUCCAGAGUGUGGUAGAGGAGGCCCAAGGAAGGCAGAUCACAAACCAUGCUCUCCUUGAGUGGCUCUCGGAGCUCAUCAACAGCAUGCACCAAGGCCGCUUCUUGCUUGACACAUUCCAGUCUGGAACUGUUGAGUUCAUCAGUGAGCCAGACGACACAACGGUACCCCAAUCUUUCUCGUUGUCUUCGUUUAAUCCUGCUAAGAGGUUGCGUGUUGCUGCGGGUAGUGUCAAGCGCCUGCUAUUUCAUGGUAGCCGCGAAAAUGAGCUCAAUUCUGUCCUGGAAAAUUUGAAGAGCAUGUCAAGUGAUCUGAGUGACUUCAUCAUGCUAGUUAAGAGCUACCCAUCCGUUCCUCGGCCACUAACAACUAACAUUUAUGUGGACAGCUCUAUGUUUGGCCGGCACAUUGAGAGGGAGCAGAUCUUUAAUUUCUUGAUGCAAGACAACUGCCCCAUGGAAACUUUUGGUGUCCUGCCGAUAAUAGGUGACAAAGGAGUCGGAAAGACUACUCUUGUGCAGCAUGUUUGUGACGAUGUUAGGGUUCGCAACCACUUCCCAGUAAUUGUCUUCUAUGAUUUCAUCUAUACUUAUCUUAUGGCCAACAGUGACUCAAGGAUAGUGCAACAUUCCAAGUUUAUCGUGGGCGAUAUGAGAAAUUUUGAUGAGCAGUUGCAUGUUCUCAAGCGCACAUUGAGUGGUAACAGGUUUCUUCUUGUGUUUGAAAAUGUUGAUUUGCAUAAUAUGCAAACACUACAAAUUCUCUUGCAGACCCUACAAUGCGCGAAAAAAGGGUGCAAGAUCAUUGUUACAAGUGACAAGAACCGCAUCGCGAGCCUUGGAACGAUCAAUCCAAUCAGACUUAAGAUUUUGCCACAGGCGGAGUACUGGUUCUUCUUCAAAGCGCACGCUUUCGCUGGAGCGGAUGUGGCGCAAAAUCCUAGACUGGUAGCAAUGGGUAGAGAAAUUGCCAAGGGUCUUCAGGGGUCAUUCUUUGGCUCGAAGAUCAUUGGAGCAUUGCUAAGAGCUCACCCUACCCCACAGUUCUGGUCCAAGUUCUUGAGAAAUGACAUCGGGGAGCUGUCGCUGUUCGGCGAUGGGCUUGGCUACAUGUAUGAUGUAGCUGAAACAAUCCUUCCCAGACAUGUCAGAGUUUGGCGCGUGUCCGCCUCUGCAUGGUGGCCUGACUACCCUGGGAGAACGCUAGCCAGCUUGCAGGAUCUCUCUCUGGAAAGGCAAAGCUCUCACCUUGGUCGUGGACAUGAGAAUAAUCUGCAUGGUGGUGAUAAGGAUUGCGUUCUACAGAUUUUGCUAUGCAAGUCGGUGUUCCCUUUGUACUCUGUAUACUACACAGCUCAUUGCGCAAUGAUCUGAAGAAAUAAUUAGGCAAUGUUUGGUGUGGUCUUAGUCUUAUUGAUAAGUCCAUUGGUUCUCUUAGUUGUAUUAUGUUUCUCAAAAGUUGUUGUGGACUUUGACCUACACUGUAUUUUCGCUUUUGAAGAAUAGGAUGGGCCGGUGAAGCUUCCUAGACAAACAACUUGCCCAAAACACGCUAACAAC